AUGGCACUUGCUAGCGUAGGAGUUAGUGGUGCUCCUGGCCGCCGCGCAGACAGUCAAGCGACGUGCAACAGCGGGGAAGUCAUCAGCACGUCGACGCUCAUGGCAGGUUCUGUGUCGCUGAAGGUGGUCACGGAGACUUGCCCUGGCCUCACCACGUCGUCGCCCUCUUCCGAUGCUUUUAGGCUGGACAACGGGACAGUCGUCAUCGACAAUGUCGACGUCAGGUCUCCCAGCUCCAAGAGGCAGACGGCCAUUAGUGGAACAUGCGACAUACAGUGCAUGGAUAUUGGCACGGCCGCCGAUAUGUCUGACUGUUCCAUAAUUGAGAACGAACUGAACGGCAUCGAUGGAUACUUCACUGCAUACCCAGCCACUAGGACUACGUUCAGCUUCCAGACCUGCGCGCUCAAUUUCAUUAAUGCUAUCGACGAGGAGCUGUCGGUUUACUAUCCCACCAUAGGCACCAUCUCUGGUGAUGUCGCCUCAGACUGCUUGAGCGGUGACAUGGGGUCUGAGGGAGGGGAGUGCCAGGAGAUCCCCGGCCUGGACUGGGUAUUUGGUGCAUACGGAGUCACAGACAUGUAG